AAGUGAUAAUCCCAAUAUUUUUUUCCUCUUUAUGGGAAAAGGGAGACAAAAACAGUACUACGUACUACUAAGUUGGAUCAAUUUUUUGGUGUUAUUAAUUUCAUUAUUGUCGCAAAAACACUCUCUCAGUCGCAUACCAGCGAGCGUUUCGUUAUAAAGUAAAAAAACCGAUGGUCGAUCUGAGUUCUAAUGAAAUUGAUGAUGAUAAUAUGAUAUACAACAUUUAUUUUAUUUGAAAAGCCCCCCUAGAAUUUGAUGGAAAGAAAAGACCGCAAGUCAUUGCAUUGUAUGUUCCAAGUUAACUAAAAACAAACGCGCUUGCUUUCCGUAGGCAUUGAGAUGGAUCCAUCCAUACGACCAUACUGGAAGAGUAAAAACUAGAAAACGGCAAGACAUGGGAAAAACACAAAGGAAGGACAAAACAGUAAUUUCACUAAAACUCCCCAUUUUAAGGUUGACAACGACUACAAGCAAACCUCUGGUCUACCUGUACAUUUUACUAACACGCGUAGUUGUAUUUUUUUAAGAAAUAUGUUAUAUAUAUAGAGGAGAUGCUUUGGCUUGUGGGGAAUAAAUAUAAGAGGGUAGUCUAACAUCAGCGCCUAACAUAUAUAUACAAGGGUCGAUAUAUAUAGAAACAAAAUAAUAAAGAUUGUGAAGAUCAUGGAGAGAGUAUGUUGCAUGUGCGGCGACGUCGGUUUCUCCGACAAGCUCUUCAGCUGCGGGCACUGCCGCUGCCGCUUACAGCACUCUUAUUGUAGCAACUACUACAGCGAGUUUGCGGAGCCUGCCAAGAUUUGCGACUGGUGCCGCAGCGACGACCGGAAGCUGGGAAACGUUGCUAGACAUGGCGGCUCUUCUUCAAAGAAGUCUUCUUCUUCCGUUAAUUAUGAAAAUGAUGAGUUCACAAACCGACCGGACUAUUCGUCCGGCCGCGAGAUCAAUCAUAACAAUAACCAUCAUGGUCAAGUGGCCGAAGGCGUUGCCGGAGCUGGAGGCGGAGUGCCGUCGCCUAAGACGGCCACACGAAGGUACAAGCUUCUCAAAGAUGUCAUGUGUUAGUUUAAACUGACGAAAGGUAUUAGAAAAAUUAGUUAUAAUAAUAUUACUCUUUGGAGAAUGUGUGAUUAAAUUAUAUAGGUAUAUAUAUGUAUAAAUUAGCCACUACGGAGAGAACAAAAAAAAAAAAAAAAGCGUCUUUGUUUGUUUUCAUCCUUUUUUGUCCUUCUUACUUAAUUUGUAAAAUGAAUGUGUGUGCGUGGGCUUGUGUUUUCUUAAUCAGCAUAUAUAGUUAUUAAUUACUG